AGGCUUGGCUUAAGGCAAUUCAGAGCAGUCUCCCUGAUCCCUGAGCCGAGGGGUUUUCAAGACUGUGAGGCUGUCAGUGAUUUUCGGCUGAUCCCUCGCGGCCUGUGUUUGCCCUCACCUUACAAGCCAAUUGGGAUUCCCACUGAAACCCUAAGCCAGCAGUGACAGCGGUCACCUCUCCAAGCAAGACUGUGGGGCUUUUGCUGAGCCAGUUCAAAGACUGGUGAUCAAGCAGGGUUUUUCUUUUAAAUCCAUUAUCCAUCAAGUAUUCUGGACACAUUUGGCUUUUUUCCCAACAAUCCUUGACUUUUUCAAGCUUUCUCUCUUGCGCCAACCACAAGAUCAACCAGGAGGGCAAAAGUUAACUUUUCGAAAGGGGAUUGCUGAAAAAGAGUUACAAAAGACUGUUCUGUCCGGUGGAAACACUAGGAUCAGCAAUGCCUUUGGUGCGAUCCCUUUCGGUCACCUCUCUCAAUGGGCUACCUCAAUGGGAAGAUGAAGACCUCCCAGUGGAGGAUCUAUUACUGUUUGAAGUGGCAUGGGAAGUCACGAAUAAAGUCGGUGGCAUCUACACAGUGAUCCAGACCAAAGCCAAAAUCACCUUGGAUGAAUGGGGUGAAAAUUAUUUCCUUAUUGGCCCAUAUUUUGAACACAACAUGAAAACACAGGUGGAAGUCUGUGAUGCACCCAGCCCAGCGGUGAAAAAGGCAAUGGAUAUCUUGCGGGAGAAUGGGUGUCAGGUAUAUUUUGGCAGGUGGCUCAUAGAAGGGAGCCCAUAUGUGGUGCUGUUCGAUAUAGGAUCGGCAGCUUGGAAUCUCGACAAAUGGAAAGGGGAAUUCUGGGAUGCAAGCCACAUCGGAAUACCUUACCACGAUCGAGAAGCAAAUGACUCACUCAUCUUUGGAUCAUUAACUGCCUGGUUCCUGAAAGAGCUUACCGAUCAAUUAGAAGACAAACCCAAUGUUAUUGCCCACUUCCACGAAUGGCAAGCAGGACCUGGCCUGAUCCUCUCUCGAUUUAGGAAGAUCCCUGUUGCGACCAUUUUCACAACUCACGCAACGCUGCUGGGGAGGUACCUGUGUGCAGCAAGUAUAGACUUCUACAACCACCUAGACCAGUUUGAUAUAGAUAAAGAAGCAGGUGAAAGGCAGAUAUACCACCGAUACUGCAUGGAGCGUGCAUCUGUGCAUUGUGCCCAUGUGUUCACCACAGUCUCACAGAUAACUACCAUAGAAGCAGAACACAUGCUGAAAAGAACAGCUGAUGUCAUCACUCCGAAUGGCUUGAACAUUAAGAAAUUCUCAGCUAUGCAUGAGUUUCAGAAUCUGCACGCAACCUGCAAAGCUAAGAUCCAAGAGUUUGUUCGAGGACAUUUUUAUGGUCAUCUUGAUUUCAACCUUGAAAGGACCUUGUUUUUCUUCAUUGCUGGGAGAUAUGAGUUUUCUAACAAAGGAGCUGACAUGUUUCUAGAAGCUUUAUCAAGAUUAAACUUCCUAUUGAGGGUGCACAGGAGUGAUGUCACAGUAGUAGUGUUCUUCAUAAUGCCAGCAAAUACUAAUAAUUUCAACGUCGAAACCUUGAAAGGCCAGGCGAUCCGAAAACAACUGUGGGACACGGCACAUUCUGUGAAAGAAAAGUUUGGCAAAAAACUCUAUGAGGCACUAUUAAGAGGAGAAAUCCCCGAUAUGAACAAGAUCAUAGACCGAGAUGACCUGACCAUCAUUAAAAGAGCCAUCUAUUCCACCCAGAGACAGGGCCUCCCACCAGUGACAACGCACAACAUGAUUGAUGAUAACACUGACCCAAUCCUAAGUACCAUUAGACGUAUUGGCCUUUUCAACAAUCGCACAGAUCGAGUUAAGGUAAUACUGCAUCCUGAAUUCCUUUCUUCAACAAGCCCAUUGUUACCAAUGGAUUAUGACGAAUUCGUCAGGGGUUGUCACCUUGGGGUAUUCCCAUCCUAUUAUGAACCCUGGGGCUACACACCUGCUGAGUGCACAGUUAUGGGGAUUCCCAGUGUGACGACAAACCUUUCAGGAUUUGGCUGCUUCAUGCAAGAGCAUGUGGCUGACCCAGCUGCUUAUGGUAUUUACAUCGUGGAUAGGAGGUUCCGUUCCCCAGAUGAGUCUUGUAAUCAGCUGACGCAAUUCCUCUAUGGAUUCUGCCAGCAAUCACGUCGGCAAAGAAUUGUCCAGAGGAACCGAACAGAAAGGCUCUCGGACUUGUUGGACUGGAGAUAUCUAGGAAGGUAUUAUACGCAUGCCAGGCACUUGGCUCUUAGUCGAGCGUUUCCUGAGAAAUUUGAGAUGGAACCCAAUGCUCCGCCAAAGACUGAAGGAUUUCGGUACCCAAGACCUUCUUCCGUACCCCCUUCACCCUCGGUUUCCCAACACAACAGCCCCCACCAAAGCGAUGAGGAAGCGGAAGACGAAGACGAGAGAUACGAUGAGGAGGAAGAGGCCGAAAGGGAUAGGCAGAACAUAAAGUCCCCUUUCUCCUUCAACGCCAUGCCAACGGGGAAGAAGAAGCAACACGGGGAAUAUAGGAACUGAUGGAAGGUCCUUUGUUCCACAGCCUCUCCUUGAGAGCCACACAUCCAACUUGUACGCUUGUCACCUUUUAAAGUCCUGACGAUUGCAACAUGACCGAAGAAGAGUGAAAGCGCAUCCUAAAAUAAGCUCAACAUCCAAAAUAUCUUGGAUUUCCCUUUCAAAUAGUUUUGAUGCUAUUUCUUCCUCCCGUUCCCAUUUUGGAUGUAGAAGAAGACAUUUAGAAGACUAUAUUAAAACUAGGGUUAGUGGCUUCAAUAUAUGUGUCUUUAAUACCUGCCAUUGGAGGAAGGGGCAAAAUAUAAUUAGAUCUAAUUUUACAGUGUUAACUAUGCAAGGUAAAUCCAGUGCAUAGUCUAUAGACAUGGAGAUAUUCCUUGCUGGCUUUAGAAAGAAAGAAAUUCCCUCAUCUUUCAUUUCAAAUUCUCAGUCUUUAUCUGUCUAUAUAUAUAAAAGGGUAAUGAAAUUUCGGCCUAGGACAAAACAAAACUACACAUCCCAUAAACACUAAACUUGGCAGCACAACCCCUCAUCCAUGCCUCUACGUUCAUACAACAAAAAGCUCCAGCUCCUCCAGAAAACGGCCAGGCUUUGAGACUGCAAGGCUAUUCACUGAUAUUUCACCUGGCCAACAACGGAUUCCCAUAAGCCACAGCAACGCGUGGCCGGGCAAAGCUAGUAUCUUAUAAAGUACAGUAGAGUCUCACUUAUCCCACAUAAACGGGCCAGCAGAAUGUUGGAUAAGCGAAUAUGUUGGAUAAUAAGGAGGGAUUAAGGAAAAGCCUAUUAAACAUCAAAUUAGGUAAUGAUUUUGCAAAUUAAGCACCAAAACAUCAUGUUAUACAACAAUUUUGACAGAAAAAGUAGUUCAAUAUGCAGUAAUGCUAUGUAGUAAUUACUGUAUUUACGAAUUUAGCACCAAAAUAUCACGAUGUAUUGAAAACAUUGACUACAAAAAUGCGUUGGAUAAUCCAGAAUGUUGGAUAAGCAAGUGUUGGAUAAGUGAGACUCUACUGUACUAGCAAAACACAAACAUAGGACAUUCUUGAAAAACAAGGGCAUGUUGGUUUAAAGAUUUUAGCCCUCGGUUAAAGAAGUCUCUUUUCUGUGAUGCAGCAAGAUCAAAUCAUCCUUAUAUGUUUGUGAUAUUUUGUUUUAAUACGAGUGGCGGGCUCAGACUCACUUCAAAACAAGUUGUGACACACACGUACAACCCAUAUCCUCCUCUUUUAAAAAAGGAAUCUAGAAAAAGCAAUGAUAAGUGGAGCUAAACUGGAAAUAUAAAAGGCAAACACUAAAACCCAGCACACAGCCUUACGAAGCAAUAAAAAAUAUGAAUUACGAACAUUCUCCCAGACACUUGCCCAUUGUAGAUAAUAUUUUCUCUUUUAAACAAGCUUGCUUUCAACAUGAUGACCAUGGGACCUUUAAAAAGUGAAUGGGGAAAACUGAAUUGCCAUCUAGCCCUAGAGCUGAGCAUUUAACUGCUAUGACUCAAGGUUAUAGAAUCGUUGGAGUUUAGGUUUACAAAGGGCUUCAUGAUAUACAUUUCUUCAACAUGAUCUUGCCACUUCAGCUCUAAAGUAGCAGCAGCUUACUCUCCAACUGUCCCAGUUUGAUGAAGAUGGUCCAAACUAAUCCUCCUUCGAGUUGCUGUGAGUUUUCUGGACUGUAUAGCCAUAUUCCAGAAGCAUUCUCUCCUGACGUUUCGCCCACACCUAUGGCAGGCGUCCUCAGAGGUUGUGAGGUCUGUUGGAAACUAGACAAGUGAGGUUUAUAUAUCUGUGGGAGAAAUAACUUUUCUGUCUGAGGCAAGCGUGACUGUUGCAAUUGGCCAGCUUGAUUAGCCUAUCAGCUUCAAAGCCUGGCUGCGUCCUGCCUGAGGGAAUCCUUUGUUGGAAGGUGUUAACUGGCCCUGAUUGUUUCCUGUCUGGAAUUUCCCUGUUUUCUGAGUGCUUUUCUUUAUUUACUAUCCUGACUUCAGAGUUUUUAUAAUACUGGUAGCCAAUGCUAAUCAAAGGUGGCCAAUUGCAACAUUCACACUUGCAUCGGACAGACAAGAGUUCUUUCCCACACUGGACAUUCCACAGAUAUAUAAACUCCACUUGCCUAGUUUCCAACAGACCUCACAACCUCUAAGGAUGCGUGCCAUAGAUGUGGGCAAAACAUCAGGAGGAAAUGCUUCUGGAACAUAGCCAUACAGUGUGGAAAACUCACAGCAACCCAGUGAUUCCGGCCAUGAAAGCCUUCGACAACACAUUAAUCUUCCAUCAUCCCGUUUUUUUGAAAUGUCCCAGUUACUUCUCCCCUUUUGCUCUCAGUUUACUUCAGUGUCUUCAGAUUUAGUACAAAGUAGUUUGCACUCAGUUAAUUCAUUAUGGUGGAGAGGAUGCAUUGGAGCCUUGUCCUUCCCAAUAAGAUUAGGCAAAAUCUGCUGAUUUAAGGCACUCAACCCACCACUUCAGCCUGACUCCAUUGAAACAAAGAUAAAAUAUUCCAAAUUAGGAGAUCCUAAGGAAAUCAGGCAUGGAAGGAGGGCAGGAUUUGUGCCUGUGUCCUCCAGGCUGCUUUCAAUCCCUCUUCCCCACUCACCCACUUUAUAACUAAAAAAGAAAAUAAAGUAUAUAUGUUCCUGG